CAAGAAUUUCCAUAUCACAAACCCAAAUCAAAGGCCAAAAACUCCUCAAAACCAAAAUGCAGUUAACCACCGCCGUCGAUGUGCUCCUCCUCUUCACUUCCCUUUACUUCAUUUCAUCCUCUUCAUCAUCUCCUCUCUUCCCCAACGAAGCCCUCCCCACCAAGUCCGGUUAUCUUCCGGUGAACCCCGCCACCAGCUCCGCCAUUUUCUACACCUUCUACGAAGCACAAACACCCACUUCACCCCUCGCAGAAACCCCACUUCUCAUUUGGCUUCAGGGUGGCCCUGGCUGCUCGUCCAUGAUUGGUAACUUUUUUGAACUUGGCCCUUGGCGGGUUAACUCUUCUCAGAGUCAAAACGUCGAAGACCUUAAACUUGAACCCAAUUCUGGCUCUUGGAACCGCAUCUUUGGCCUUCUUUUUCUUGAUAGUCCUAUUGGAACCGGGUUUAGUUUUGCUGCAAGUAAUGAGGAGAUCCCAAGAGAUCAACUUUCUGUUGCUAAGCAUCUUUUUAUAGCCAUUAAUGGGUUCCUUGAGUCUGAUCCCUUGUUUAAAAACAGACCUCUUUAUGUUACUGGUGAGAGUUACGCAGGAAAAUAUGUUCCUGCAAUUGGGUACUAUAUUUUGAAGAAGAAUUUGCAAUUGCCAGAGUCUAAAAGGGUGAACUUGCAAGGAGUUGCAAUUGGUGAUGGGCUAACAGACCCAGUAAUUCAAGUUAACACUCAUGCUUUAAAUUCUUAUUUUUCAGGUUUGAUCAAUGAGAGGCAAAAGAAUGAAAUGGAGAAAGUUCAAUGGCGGGCUGUUAAGUUAGUCAAAAUGGGGAAUUGGAGUGCGGCAAGAUAUGCAAGAAUUGAGAUUUUGCAAUUGUUGCAAAGCAUGACUGGUUUACCCAAUUUGUAUGAUUAUAGCAAAAAGGUUCCUUAUCAAACAUAUUUGGUGACUAGGCUUAUGAAUAUUGGUGAGGUUAAAAAGGUCUUCUGGGCCAAAGAAAGCAUAGUUUUUGAUGAAUGUAGUGAUGUUGUUGGGGAUGCUUUGCAUGAAGAUGUGAUGAAGAGUGUGAAACACAUGGUGGAAUUCUUGGUGAAGAACAGCAAGGUGUUGUUGUAUCAAGGGUACUUUGAUUUGAGAGAUGGGCCGGUGUCAACUGAGGCUUGGGUGAAGACAAUGAAAUGGGAAGGAAUUGAGAAGUUUUUGAUGGCUGAAAGAAAGGUUUGGCGAGUGAAUGAAGAGCUUGCUGGUUGGGUGCAGAAAUGGGGAAGUUUGAGCAAUGUUGUUUUGUUUGGUGCUGGGCAUCUUGUGCCUGCUGACCAGCCACUCAAUUCUCAGGCAAUGAUUGAGGAUUGGGUUCUUCAAAAAGGCUCGUUUGACAAUAGCCAAUAAGGCAAUCUUCAUCGAAAUUUAUUCUCAUGUCUAGUAUUUUAAGAUCACUCCACUAGUUUUUUAUUACUCAAAUUUCUGGCAAAAGUUCAAAAUGAAGGCACCCAACUCAUCGAUUGUAUAAUUUUGGCUCUUGUAUUGGCAUUAUUUGGUGCUUUAGCAUCAAAAUUAUAGAUAAAAAUAAACUCUUUUCUUUCAAAAGCUAAUUUUGCCUGAUUUUUGCUGAAAAAACAUCAAAAUUUAUGGAAAGAGAGCAUGGAUUAUGAUGAUGUAAUGGCGUUUGGAGGCGGGUUUGUGAAGAGAAAAUGGUGGGUGAGUGAGAUUGCUCCCACAACAACCCAACAAAGCACAAAACCCGUACUAUGAUGCCAUGAAAAUUUGAUGUUUUGGGCUUCAAAGGCAGGGCAUCCUGCAGAAAACCUGCAGGUUUUUGAGAGCCAUUGAUUUGUUUUGCUCUCCCCUGUUUGCCUCCGCCCAUAACUCUCAGGAACAUGUAAAGCUUUCUACCAUUUGAGAAAAAUUUAGAGAAACUCGAUAAGGGUAAAGGAAGAUAAUACAAAACUCUGAGUUCAGUAGCUUUCAUGCAGCUAAAAAAUACAAGCGGUUGCGAAAGCUCUGGACAGAAAAUGGCUGCGACUGAGAUAAACCCUAGAUCGAGAUCUCAGCUUUAUAUAGACACAGUGCAGAGGAUAGG